AUGGCCAAUGCGGACUCUGUGGGCUUUGUUCAGCCGUCCUUCUCCGAGACCUUUGUAUCUUCUCCCCACCCACCCGACCUUAUGCACUUCACCGUCCCGCAACGCCAGCAUUUCACGUAUGCUGCUGGCACAGCCGGCUCCCCCCUGCAGCAGCAGUACCUGGUCUCCUUGAACUGGUUGCGCUCCGGGGAUCUCCUCCCCGACAAGUUCAAUGGAUCAGAUGCUGUUCAAGAUACCCACAGCGUCUCAACCACCACAACGGACAUGGAUAUCCACCAGGGCAACGGUCAGCUACUGCAUCACCAGUGGAAGAUCGUCCAACAGUUCGACUUCCGCAACGCGUCCCCGUCGCCAACCCCAUUCCCAUCUCGCGCCCAUAUAUGCUCAACGCCCUCGAUGCCCGCUUCCCGUAUCGCCGUGGCGCCCCCCGCCACGACGCCCAUGUCAUCGUCGCCACGAUUCCAGCACCUCGGCGCCGAGCUCAACCGUAACCUAGCGGCUUACCAAACUCACGUCAAGGCUAUCAUCCAGCUCGAAAUGCAGAUCCAUCAGAUCGAGGCAGAAAUGUUGCAACUGGCCGGAUGA